AGUUACCCAAUCAGAGCGCGGUCCGCGUCUCCGGUCUCGCGAGGAACAGUUGCGUUGGUGACAACGAAACACUUUUAAACCCAAACACUUCAGUUCGUCGCAUUUCUCCACUGAAGCCGAGGCUCUUGGACCUGGAGAUGAUGGUAACGAGGCGGUCGGUCCGGUCCGGUCCUCCUGUUGUAGUGAUCGGAUCAAAGGGCUGGAGAGACGCGACGGUCCGAUCUAUCGUGCGCGCGGAGGAUCUGGUGCGCAAAACUUACGUUGGACAACUCGAUACCUCUACACGAACAGUCAGGCACAGUCUUGGGACUUCACACAGACCUCCACAGUUAAACGGUUACAACAGCGUCGGAAACGAUGAGAGUGCCUUGGAAAAGAAAGAUCAAUUUGGGCCUAAAUGUACUGGAACUAUGUUCACAUCUGGGAUUAUCAGCGGCCCCUUUCCCCCACCAGCCUUGCGUGAGCAGAGCACAGUGGUCAGCAUGGGCAUGGCAGGUGAUUAUAUGCGGGUUGUGAGAGAGGUGGAGGCUCGUCUACGCAAACAAGCGGCCAGGGUGACCCAGGAGGGCACCAAGAUGGAGCAUCAAAGGGAACGACUGGAGAAGUUACUGCGUAGUCUGAGGAAAGCUUUGCUGGUGAACCAGCAAAGUUCAGAUGGCAGGAUGUUUCGACCAGCCACCUCUGAGACAAUACGGGACGUGGCAGAUGAUCUUCUGCAGUGUGAACGAAGGGAAUUAAAUGUAUUAAAACAAGAACUGGAGACGACGUUAAGAAAGACUUUGACUCAACAACAGGCCUUGGCUGAGUGCAGUAGGCAGCUGUUGGAUUGCUCCUUUGAAAGGUCCAGAGUAACAGAGCUGCUCCCCCAGCACGGCUCACUGUCAGCGGGUGUGAUCACCCACACCUCUCCCCUCUCUCAGAAACCGAACCCUUCUGGACCAUUUACUCCAGAGUGUAAAGAGGCGUUGGAUUGUUCCUCAACAGUACUGCUUGAAUCUCAGCAGCUCAGAGACAACAUUACACAACUCAUAACUCGUGUCUGUAGUAAGCAAACAGCUCUUCACCAAUCAGCCAGUGAUGCUCUGAUGAAAAAAAUUGGCGAAACUAUCAACCUGGAGCAACAUCUCACACUAAGCUCAGCUGCCACAAGACAAGCCAUUUACCGCAAACAGAGACAGAUGGAGUGUGCUGGCUACAGUCUUGGCAAAGCAAUGGGCCCAGUUUGCAGCGCUGAUCUGUUUUGUCGUGAGAGGUUGAGCAGGCCCAUGACUCAGAUCUAUGGGCGGCAUUCAAGUGCUGGACUACCAGAGUCUGACCUGCUCACACAGGGCAGUUCUUUGCUUCAGAAACAUCUGAAAUCUUCAGGUAAAGAGAUGGCAGAGCUCCAGUUUGUUCACCGGCUGCUUGAAGAUGACAGAUAUGGAAAGCGUGCUGCAGUCAGUGUGGACUCUGCCGUCGCCAGGCUGCGCCGUAGACUUCCACGUCCUCCAUCUGUCCGGCCUGCAACCAGUUAA